AUGGAUUUCGGUUCAUUAUCAAGCGUCGGGGAUUCAGUGGAUUUUGAUCGUGAUCUUACACUCAGCGACAAACUCAAAUUCUUCAAAGCAUCAAAUUUCGACCCAGAAGGCUUCGUUACUGCAAGAUGCCGCCGAAUGGGUGAAAAGGAAAUUAGACACUUAACCACUUACCUCAUCGAUUUGAAGAAGGCUUCUGCUGAAGAAAUGCGCAAAAGUGUCUAUGCUAACUAUGCCGCUUUUAUACGGACAUCAAGGGAGAUUUCUGAUCUUGAAGGCCAGCUUCUUGCCUUAAGAAAUCUACUCUCAAACCGGGCAAAUCUUGUUCACGGUUUAGCUGAGGGAAUUGGCAUCCGCUCUUUAGCAGCCAGUUCUGAAGGUUCUGUUGAUGACAUUGUUACAGAUAAGGUACCUUCAAAAGUUGAAAAUUGGUUAGCACAGUUCUUGGAGACCCUUGAAGUCUUAUUGGCUGAGAGAAGAGUGGAUGAAGCUUUGGCUGCCUUGGAGGAAGGGGAACAAACAGUCGAAGAAGCCAAAAAUCGCAAAGGUUUUACGGCUUCAGCAGUGCAAUUGCUGCAGGCAGCUAUCAUGGAACAAAGGAAAAAAUUGGCUGAUCAACUGGAAGAGGCUGCUUCCCAGUCUUCAAUUACUAUCGUUGAGCUUCGCUCAGCAGUACAAGCUCUAAAGCGACUUGGCGAUGGCCCUCGAGCUCAUACUCUAUUGCUUAAAACUCAUCAUGAAAAGUUGCAGAGCAAUAUACAGAGUCUCAGACCAUCAGGGACUUUGCAUGGUGUAGCAUAUACUGCUGCGCUUUCUCAGCUCACAUUUUCAACCGUUGCCCAAGCAUCAAGUGAUUCCUUAGCCAUAUUUAACGAAGAGCCUGCAUAUGUAUCUGAACUUGUGACUUGGGCUGUUAAGCAAACUGAGAACUUUGCUCUUCUCAUUAAGAGACAUGUCUUGGAUCUACCAUCUGCUUCAGGUGGUCUUAGACCUGUUGCUGAGUCUGUUCAAAUAUGCUUUGGGCAUUGCUCCUUACUUGAAGCUCGUGGAUUGGCUCUUUCUCCUGUUCUUUUGAAAUUUUUCAGGCCUUGUGUUGAGCUGGCACUGAAUGCCAACCUUAAAAGAAUUGAGCAAUGCACUGCUGCGCUUGUUGCUGCAGAUGAUUGGUCACUCACUUAUCAGCCUGUUGGUGCACGCUCUUUAAGUACUACAUCUCUUAGCAGCGCUAUAUCAUCCCAACCGAGGCUCUCAAACAGUGCUCACAAAUUUAGUACAAUGGUUCAGGAACUUUGCGAGGAUGUCAGUCCCCUUGAGAGCUUGCAGUUGUCUGAUACAGCUCUCGAAGGUAUCAUACAAGCUUUCAAUGAAUAUGUGAACAUGUUGAUCAGUGCAUUGCCUGGUUCGACGGAGACAGAGAACUUGGAGGGUUCUGGAAGUAGAAUUGUGAGAAUGGCAGAAACUGAAGUCCAACAAAUAGCUUUAUUGGCCAAUGCGCUGAUGCUAGCAGAUGAGCUUCUUCCACGUGCAACUCUAAAGCUCUCAUCCUCACAACAAAUGUUCAGAAAUGAUGAACAGUUUCGAAGAACUUCAGAUAGACAAAAUCGCUUUCCAGAGCAAAGGGAACUGAAGCGGCGGCUGCAGCGCAUGGUUGAUCAGUUGCGAGAUAGCUUUUGCAGGCAACAAGCACUUGAGCUCAUAUUCAAUGAAGAUGGUGGUGUUCGUUUGGGGGCAAAUAUGUAUCUAAGCAUGGAUGGAGUUUCUGAAGAGCCAGAAUGGUUUCCUUCUCCAAUAUAUCAGGAACUAUUUCAAAAGUUGACAUAUGUUGCGGGCAUUGCUUCUGAUAUGUUUGUCGGGAGAGAAAGAUUUGCAACCAUUCUACUGAUGAGACUCACAGAGACCAUUAUCCUAUGGCUUUCUGAUGAUCAAAGCUUUUGGGAUGAAAUUGAGCAAGGUCCAAAGCCACUGGGUCCUUUUGGCCUUCAACAGUUUUGUUUAGAUAUGGAGUUUGUAAUACUCUUUGCAUCUCAAGGCCGGUAUUUAUCCAGGAAUUUGCAUCAAGUGAUAAAAAACAUAAUUGGCAGAGCUAUUGAGGCAGUUGCUGCAAAUAAUGUGGAUCCGUAUAGUAUGCUUCCAGAGGAUGACUGGUUUGCUGAGGUAGCUCAGAUAGCAAUUAAGAUGUUGACAGGGAAAGCCAACUUUGGGGCGACAGAUAGAGAUAUUGGCAGUCCUACUGCAUCCAUUUCUGCAAGAUCCGUUUCAUCAAUCCAUUCACAUGGAAGCAACUAA